AUGUCGCAUAAUCGUUACACGUCAUGGUCGUCGGAUGUGCUGACCAUGGCGCCCACCUACCCUCCUGUCGGCGCGCCUGUCGACUACCCUUCGCCUGUAUCCCGCCGCGCCUCGGAGUGUUUUUCCGAGGCUCCGGGCAGUCGGAGAGGUAGUUCGGCAUUCGUGUCGGACAUGGAGAGUAAAGGGCAUUGGCAAUCUAUAGGCAGUAAUUCAGAUACCAAAAGUCCAUUGGCAAACUUUGCCUUCUUCAAGAACCUGACCGAGAAGAAGACAACGCGAGUAGAUGGGCAACCUGCGAAGAGAAGAGGGCCGAAGCCAGACAGCAAGCCGGCCUUGACUCGCCGGCAGGAGCUGAAUCGACAGGCGCAGAGGACGCACCGAGAGCGGAAGGAAAUGUACAUCAAAGCACUGGAGCAAGAAGUCCUCCGCAUCAAGGAUUCUUUCACCAACGUCUCCAAGGAACGAGACGCUUUCGCAGAAGAGAACCGCCGCCUAAAGGAACUACUAAUGGCUCAUGGCAUAAGUUUCGACAGCCUGAGCCCAACAAACGGUCUCCAAGGGUUCAAUAGCUCCUACGGAGGCAGCUCGUCUGGCAGCGUGUCAGGUGGAUACGGCACCGGCACGAACUCGACUGGCUACACAUCACCACCCACCGUUGGCCACGCGCACCGAGGAUCCGUCUCCCAAGAUAUGAACAUACCCAUGAACCAGACGCAACACAUUCCCCACAUGAACAGCGGGCUCGACUACGAUCAGAUCGGGAUAGACUUCGUCUUAACUCUCGAGCGCCCCUGCAUGGACCACAUGCAGUACCUCAUGGUGCGCGCGCACGAUGCCGAAGAGACCAUCUCUGGGCACGCGCUGAUGGCGAGCGCGCCUCCAGACUCGCACAUUGCGAACCACCCGGAAGAGACAUAUCCGCACCAGAUGCCGGAUAUCGCCAUGCCCGACCUGAUGAAGCUGCUGGAUCUGAGCAAUCGCCUUCCCUUGGACGGCGAGAUCACGCCGAUCAUGGCCUGGGUCAUGGUGUUGAAGGAACCCAGGCUGGCGGAGCUGAGCAGGGCCGACAUCGAGGGGAUCAAGGGCGAGCUCCUGGCCAAGGUGCGAUGCUAUGGCUUCGGCGCUGUCUUGGAGGAAUUUGAGGUCAAAGACGCAAUGAUGGCGGCUUUUGCGAAGAGGGGGACUGGGAACACAACGACCAACAACACAAUCUCGCAGCCGUUGCCACUGGACGCAAUAAUGCAGUAG